UCGGGCUCAGUCGCGAUGGAGCUGCGGGCUUCUGCAGCCGGCGCUGUGGCCGCGGCCGCGUUGGCUUCCGUGGUGGCCCUGUGGUGGUGUGGGUUCGCAGGUCCGCCCUCGUCCAGGCACGAGCCGCCUUCCUGGGACGCCGACCGGCUGUUCCGCAAGCUAGACGCCGAUCGCAAUGGACUGCUCGACAGGCUCGAGUUCGGGAACUUUCCAGACGCCAUCGCCGAAGUAGAAUCAGAAGAACGGAGAGAUGGGGAGGUUAUUAUCAAGUGCUCAUUUACUCCACUGCUGCUGUCGUCUAUGGAAAGUGAACUGUCUGUUGCAAGUGUGGCAGUGAAAGGUCUUCUAGAUUGGCGUGAACCAGCAAGAUCCCAAGCAAGUUAUUCUCAUGAAAUUUUUGCAAAUUUUAUGAAAACCAGAAGCAAUGAAGUUGGCACCAUUUGGUACAUGAUUCAGCCUGACUCUGGUUCAUCAUAUGAAAAUAAAUUUUCCAAUUUUAGGUAUGCUGAAGACCCUCAAACAGUGCCUGGUCCAGAACUAACUUUCUUCCACUUGUUGAGCAUGUUCCACGAGAAUGUUUUCCUGCAAACUAGAUUUCAUCCACGAGGAACAGUAGCCAUGCUCCAAGCAAAAACAUCAGAACUGUUUCUCAUCAUUUUCCGGUGCCAUGCAGAAUUUCAACUGAACAGCCCACCACUGUUGCCAUUCUGGUUUACCCCAGGCCAAUUUAGAGGACAAAUCAUCAUAAGCAGAGAUAGAAGCAAGGUCUUUUAUUUUCAUUUGGAAGUACCAUCUACAAAAAAACUUAAUGUAGACAUGGAAUGGAUGAAUGAACAGAAUUCAAGCUUAGAAGUUGAUAUUGGGUACCUUCCAGAAAUGAAGCUGGAACUCAAAGAGCAGCAACUGACACCAUCUGAAGUGAAAUGGGAUCAACAAAUAUCAGACGAAGAUGCUGAAGAUAUGCUUGAAAAAGCCAUGUUCCCUUUUAAAGAGGUCAAAUAUCAUCCCAUUAAGGAAGCAGUGGUGCUCUCUCAGCUGACGCAAAAGCCGUUACACUGCAUUGUUCUCUGGGGUGUCCUAGAUGACCAAUCGUGCUGAGGCUCAGGUCGGUCCUUGAGAGAAGGUGCACUGUCUGCUUCUUCUGUCAUGGACACACUCAAGAAACACUUCAUAAGUUCUUGGGCACUUGUAGCUGAUCUGAAGGAACUUUCUGCUGCUGGCAUGAGAGAAGCUGAAGAACUGCUUUCUAAAUACUCCUUUCCAGUAACAACAGAGAUUAUGAUGCCAAAUGGAACAGUCAUCAGCAUUCUAAAUGCAAAUGAUAUAUUGGACAGUAUAAUGCCAGAUAUGAAAUGGGACAGACAUCAAGAUCCUGCUGAGUAUGUCUACCACCAGUUCUUAUUAGAAAGCCUCGAUUCAGUGAACAUAAUACAUUAAUGUAAAUUUUGAAUUAGUAUGAGGCUGUUGAGCACAUUCAGCGUAAGUGGCUUAAAAUGUAAAUUAUUUUCUAGUCAGUAUGAAUUGGAAAAAGUGUUACUGUGUGAUGGACUGACUUUUAUCAUUAGCACAAGAAUGACUGUUUUCAAAUGAUGAAUCUUGGAUAUAUGUUAAUAUGCACAGAGGUUGUGUUGCACGAUGGUAGUGUAUGACUACCUGGCUAUAAAGCUCUGACGAGUUGAGUCAAGGUACGAUGUUGUAAAAAUUGUACCAUCUGCAAACACACAAAAUGUAUUUUGUAUAAGUUGUACAGUGGGUAUAAUAAAUUAUUUUA